GCGCGGGGUGGGUGCACCUCAGGCCCUGAGGGGAUUGGGGCCUCCGGUCCCGCCGGCCGUGGCCGUUCGGCCCGGGGGCGGUGGGGGCCGCGCCUGAGGAGGGCGGAGCGGGGCGUCGGUUGUGCUGCCGCCCCCUCAGGCCUCGCUGCCCUCCGCGCCUCCGCCCGGGGACCGUCACAGCGGCUCCGGCGGCAGGAGCGGCCCGCGCCGCGCUGUGCGCCGAGGAAGUUGUUCGCCUCCCUGAGCCGUUAAUACCCCCAUCCGACAGACCCCCGGGGGCUCUCAGCACCCCGCUCCAGAUACCGGCCCGGUUGUCGGUAGCGGGGCCGCGGCUGCUCCCGCCGCCCAACGCCGCCGUCGCGCUGCGGCGGAGCGGGAAAAGGCACCGGGCAGGGCCAGCCGGGCAUCGCCUCCCCUGUGGCGUGACUCGGUAAGUGUGAAGUGCACAGCAGACAUCUGCAGCAAUUUGCAGAGCGAAGGAACCGUCGCAGGAUAUGGGAUCGUGGUGAAGCGUUCUUGCUUAGCCAUCAGGAUUAAUUAUAACCCAGGAAUAUGAACCGUAAACGCGCUGGAGUUGCCAAGACAGGCGCGGGCUGUGUGCCAGCGCUUGUAUGAGGACGUACCAUCUCGUCAGGACUCCUUGAGAGCAGCAGGUAACACCCAGGCACGCAAGGAGCCCCGUGGAGGGGCUUUCUGGAGUUGUAGAAUACUUUUUACAUUGAGCUUUUUUAUGUCUAAGAAGAGCAACCAUAUCAGAUGUAAAAAGGAAGCUUCCUUUUGCAUCAGUGUGUAAAUGUUAAGCAUUCAAUCUGGUGUACUCAUCAGAUGCUUUCUGUGAUCUUUACCAGUGAAUCUUCACAAGCGAUUCCUUCCUAAACUCACUUUAGGAACUGCAUCUCGGUCCUCAUACUGCUUUAACUCCCAGAGAAAUAAUUACGCUUAACAAGACCUCAUUACCUACUGAAAAAUAUAAUGACUGAAUUCUUGGUUUGUUUUAAUUGGUGCAAUGGUGAACAGCCCCAGCCGAAGAGGCAUCGGAGACUGGACCGGAAUAUGAUAGGAGAACCAAUGAACUUUGUACACACUGCACAUGUUGGGGCAAGAGAGAUGAGUAGUGACUAUUCAUCAGCUGUAUCAAUUCAGGACCACAUGAAGUCUAAAGGUGGCUACACAAAUGGCACUUCUGCAACUGCUGAGAUAUAGGAAACUGAGAGAAGGCUGAAAUCUGCUCUGUCUUAUGAGGAUCCCUCAACUGUGCUUUCAUAUUCUCUUUAUAAGCUCUUUAUCAUGGAGUAGAGAGAGUACUUGAAUUAUAAAUAGGUCAGUGCAAGUUUUGGUGUUCUUAGCACAAAAGCUUCUGAAAGAGUUAUUGUAAAUUAUCCUUAAAAUGCUCUGUCAUGGUAGUGUUGUAGUUGCAACUGUAAUUUGUCACUCUGGAUGAUUUCCUAGCUGUAUCCCAAAAACCUCAUAACGUUGUCUUGUAGGAUGGGACUGGAAGCCAGUAUAAAUGGUCUGAGGUUUUAGGCUCUGUCUUUUUCUCCCCUCAAGAAAUGCACAGGUUGAUUUCACUGGAAUAUAUAACAUGAUUGCACUUCUUAUGUGGGCUAAACUGAAUUGAUAAGUAGGAUCUUGUAACCUGUAAUGUAACUCUGGACCUGUUUUUUAGAUGGCUUACAGCCUAAUGCCUGAAUCUACCGAGCUGUACUUUAGUAUUUUUUUAAUGUCUUUUGAUGAUGAACGAACUCUAACAUAAUAUAGUUAGUUGAGUCUGCAAAACCCAGUGAAACUUCUGCCUUGCUGCGAUAACGCUUUUGUAGCUAAAAAUGGAGGGUUUGCAAACAUACCCACUCUCAAAUGAGGCUUAGAAAAACAGACAUUUCUCUCAAUUAUGGAGCUGCCUCCCUUUCAUACAUGCACUCGCGUGACUGACAGGUAUUACUACAACAGAGCUAAUAAUAUGUACCAGUUAACUUAAAGUAGUGCUACAGUUUGCUCACAACCGUGUGUCAAUUUUGAAUGACUACUUUCGAAUUUUAAAAUAAAUCUAUUUAGGAUGACUGUCUCUGUUACCUGUCUGUAACAGUAACUACACAGGACUUCAAGAGAUAUCUCACUGGUCUUUCUGGCUCCUUAAUUUCAAGGCUGCUUUUUUUUUGUUGUUGUUGUUGUUAACUGAGUAUUUUCUUGCAUAUGGUUUAAGUUAUAUGGUCAUGUGAAGAACAGAAAUUUAGCUUACAUUUAGCUUUAAGUCUUUCAUAUUUCUGUCUUAUAACUUCAGAUUUAUUCCAACAGCCUAGCUAAGAUACAGGGUUCAAAGAAGCUAGAUCCUGUAUAUUGUUGAGGAAGCAUAAAGGGGCCAAGUUGUUUUAAAGACUAGAUUCUGAUUCAUCUGCUAUUAAAUUGAGUUCGUGCAUUCGUUGGUGUAUGCCUGCCCAGAAAAAAUAGUAAUAGUCAGCUGUCAUGAAGAAAAUAGGUUGUAUUUUAGCACUGUAAGAAAACAAAUGGAACAGAAGUUAGUAUUUCAUGAAGACCCAUUCAGUAUGUUUAAGAUUAGUGGUAUAUGUAUAACUAGAAAUAAAGGAGUUGAUGGUCAUGUCAGUUCUCUCUCAAAAUAAAUUAACAGAGAAGUUUGUUAUUGAACCCUUAUUUAUAGAAAAAAAAAAAGCCUAAUUUACACUGUGUAAACCAAGUAGCACUGUCUGGUAUAAAACUAACCUAUUUUCAUCAGACUAUAUAGUAUUACAUAGGACCAUAUUAAAGAGUCACAUUAUUAAAAAGAAAUGUUUUGCUAUUGCAUUAAGGGUGCAAUUACUUUUAAAUUCUCAACAAACAUAAAAGCAUGUUUUAGGACUUCAGGUAUUUUUUUUGUUUUAUAUUUAAAAACCUUAUCUAGCUGUAAUCUGUCAUGUAACUCAGUAUAAACCCAUCUUGCUUAUAAUAAAUCUGGUGAACUAGGCACUUGCACUCUUUUCAUAUUGCAGAAAAUCUUAAUAUUUUCUCUGCACUGAAAACCUGUUGGUCAAGUGGAUGAAUUAGCAUAGCUUGAACUUUCAUUGCACAAAAUCAAAUUUUUCCACCAGGGAGCACAAUUUUACAUCAAGUCUUUUCUGUCUGCUCUAUGUAAGCUAUUACUCUGUUGUGUGGUUGGUUGGUUGGUGGUUUUUCAGCUUGACUGGAAAAAAAUAUAUCGAGUAAGACCAAAGGAUCAAACUUUUCAAUCUACGUUGUAGGCUGUGAAGACCUUAUAUCAACACAAUGUGGUAAUGAAACAUUACUGUUCUGGCUUGAUGGCAUUUUAUGGUUUCUUUUUGUAGUCAGAAAUAAAAUAAUUUGUUAGAAGAGCAGGAUCAAGUCUUUUAUAUGUAGUCCAGCAGGGUCAUAGCACUAUAUGUUUGUUUCUUUUUUUUUUUUUUAAAAAAAAAAAAAAAAAGUAGGUAUAAGGGGAGAAAGUUAUUUUAAAUAUUGUCUGUCUUAUCCCUUGAUGUCCCUGCUAGGCUUUACUAUCCCAUAAUGCUGCAAAAACAUGCAGUCAGUAUAUUGAAAAGGUAUUUGGCUUUUUCACAACCUAAUAUAUAUUUUUACCUCCUGUAGAGCAACUUUGUAACAAUUACAAGGUGUCAUGCCAUGUUCCAAAUUAGACUGUAAUAUGGUAACAUGCAACCCAGGCAUGUAGUGCUAUUCCUUCGUAUGGUCUUGCCACGUUGGGCUAUCAGGUGCUUUUGUAGAUUCCAUUCCAUGAAGACAAAAUUUCCUUAGAGCCUUAAGCUGUGGAGUUAAAUUUAUCACCACGUGCAGCUCUGAACCAGUUUUGUACUUUGCUACGUAAAAACAUAAAGUCUCCUUGUUAUUGCUUAAUCCUUCAUACUCCAGGGAAAGUGGUCAGAGAGGCUAACGAGUUUAUCAGGAACUACAAAAAAUGAGAUGCACAAGUGAAGCAGGUUUAGAAGCCAUGGAGAGGCAACGUGGUAUACAGUUAUUGAGGAACGAGCAGGAAGCAGAACAUGUCAGCGUUUGUUAUCUGCAAUGCACAGGAUAGCUUUGUUGAUAUCAAUUAGAAAAUACUUGUAACGUGUGUGUAUUUGGUAUAUGGAGGAAAUUGGACACUUAAAUGCAUGACUAAGCUGGGACUUUGACACAGAUUGCCAAUGUAACUUUAAUGGAUGGUAGUAUAUUCUUCCUGCAGUGGCUUACAAAGCUGCUUUCAGAAAGUAGGGAGCCACCCAGACAGGUAGAUUUGGUUUCAGCACUUGCAGACUGAUGGCACAUAUAAGGAAGAUGAAACAGUGCUUUUUUUUUCUUUUCUGAUGACUGUGAGGUUGCACAUGUUCUGAAUGCUGAGGCCUGCUGCAUUCAGCACUACCUCUGUGGAACACAAAACAAAUAAAACUGAGAGUUAAUACAAAACAGCAGUAGUAAGAUAGCAUUUGCCUUCAGUCCCCUGUGCUGCCAAAACUUCAGGGAAAUGAACUACAUCCAUCUGAUAGUCAACUUCCAGGUGUUGGGAGAGUAUGGACAGGUUGGAUCUCAAAGGUUUUGAAGAAUUCCUUGUGCCUAAGGAGGUUUGAGUAAUGUUCUCCUGGACUCUGUGGAGGCUGAGAUGUGAGGAGGUCACCAUGGCUACACCAGGUUUCCAUUAAGACCUUUCUUCCUGAUGCUAUACAGAGAAAGGAAACGUGAAAGAAAAUAGUGAAAGCACUUUGAGUAGGCAGGGACGUGUGUUCUUGUGCCAAAAAGGCUCCCAACUUGAGGUGCUUGAUACUGAACUAGGACGGCUGACUUCACCUGGGCACUCCUAGAUGAGCAAACUCAUGUUAUAAUAACAUCUGUGCCCUUCCAGGGAGAGUGGGUUGUACAAGAGCACCCCUGGCAUGCUAUGCUUUGGCCUCUGCAUUGCCCAAACCCAGCCCUAACUGGCUUAUCAAGCGUUGCAGUAUGGCUACUGAACACCUUGUGGUUGUCACUUGUCCUAUACAUCCUGUUUCUGAGCAUCCCAUUAGCAUGAUGAAAAUCCUAAAAUAUUACUCAAAAAGGUAGUUCAAAUGGGAGGAAGUUCUCUUACCCUAGUUCUAAUCCUGUUUAGAAGAGAGUAAUAACAGAUGGACAAGAACAACAAUUCUGAGGUGUCUGUUAAGACCUCUGGUAAAUUAUGUGUGAAAUCAAGGCCACCAAAUUCUAUUGAAAGUACUUUACUCAGUCAACCUUUUAAUUUUAUUUGGUCAUUAAAACAAUGUAAAUGGGAAGAAUAUUUUCUUUAUAAGAAAUUUUAAGUUACCUCUGGUAUUUGCAUAUAAAUCCAAACUGAACAAAAUCAAGGUGGGUAUUACUAAGGGUCCACCCUAAUUCAGGGGCAAAAAAAAAAUUGAAUUAUGUCUUUUGCUGUUUUAAUAUAUAUGCUUUAAUAUAUAUGUAUAUAUUUAGGCCUUCAUCUUGAGUAAUGUGUAAGGAAAUAGUCCAUUCUUUUAAACUGAAAUUAGUAUGAUUGCUCUGGCUUACUGGAAGUUUAAAAGAAAUGGACUUAAAAUCUACAUUUAAACUACUGAGAGAGAAAUUGGUGUGCUUUUAAAGCUGACAUUGUCCUGUACAAGUAGAUGACUAACUAAUUUCAGAUUCUUCAUCAAAGAGCUAGAAAAAGUGUUUGGUUACAGGAUUUUUAUGUAUAUGUAAUAGUGUAUUUACAUGUAUCUGAUCUUGCUGGUGCUUAAGAGAGAUGUGUACGUUUUACAUAACAUCUAAAGGUGAAUGAAGACUAUACUGAUAACUAGUAAUCUCUUCACAGUGAGCUGUCUGAAAUAAAGUAUCUGUAGAUCAGGCAAAACAAUGGCACUUAUUGUAGAUAGAAAUCUAUUUUUAAAAUAUCGAUCUAAUAUAUGUAAGUUUGAAAGUCCAGUCUCAACAUGAGCUGAAGCUGCAUAUUAAUGGUGAAAGUAGUAUGCUUUUAAAUGCUGUUACCCACGUUUACCCUUGCAGUCUCUACCACCAGGAAAUAUUUAAACCUGACUCAAUACCUUUGAAGGUGUGAUACAAGCUUGAAAAUAUAAUUCAAAAGUAAGGUUUACAGUCCUCCAUUAAUGCAUGCUAAUGUGACCUUCCUGCAUAAUGGCAUAUAAGCAAGGCUUUCACUAGUUUCUUUCAACUACCUUAAAUAUCACCUUUGAAAAUAUAAUUGAAUUGGUUAUUCUCUCCGCUGCAUAAUAUCCAGUGAACUAGGGUAUCUCUUGCUUGCACAGAUUGAUAUUUACUGGUGUUCAGAUAAGGCUGUUAGUACAUGGGAAGAAGUUGCUAGACAUGUGGUUGCAUUAAUAAAUAAUUAUUAAAAUACCA